CGAAUUGAUCACAACUAAGGGCGUAUGCACAUAGAAAGCUGGUUACCGGCGCCGAUCUAGCAGCGCUUAUCGGAACCGGUGCGCGCAGGCAGCCGGCGCAGGCAGUUUCUAUACUUUGUGUCGAAACAGCGCCGAUAAGCGCCGAACGGCGCUGACAAGUUUUGACCGGUUCCGACCUGCGCCGAUAAGCGCUGGUAAACUGCCAUUUGCGGCUUAAUUUUCAAGGGAACAACACCGCGUUUAAUAAUAUGGAUAUUGAUAUACUGAUUUCGUUAGUUUUUAGUAAACCACCUGUUUGGGAUAAAAGAGACAAAAGGCAUUCAAACAGAUACGUGGUGGAUAAAUGCUGGAGGGAAAUAAGUGCCGAGAUGGAUGUAGACGAAAACAAACUGAGGAAGAAACGGAAAUAUUUAAGGGAUCAGUUCGCGACUGAAUAUGGGAAAGUUCCUGCUCCUCGAUCUGGAGAUGAAGCUUCGACUUCGUAUGAGCCGAAAUGGCCAUAUUAUUAUUCCCUAAUGUUCCUGAAAGAUAUUGUCAAAGCAAGAAAUUCUUCAGGAAAUUUAACCAAAUCGUUGAAACGUGCUUCAUCUAGCAGAUCUGUAGAACAGACUAAUAAUUCCGACGACAGUAAAGACAAUGAUACGAGUACACAUCAUGCACUAGAAGAAAACAGUAAUGACACCAAUUCAGUUCCACGUAACAAAACAAAAACAACCAACGCAUUCAAUCAAAGUAUGCUAGAUAUUGAAAGAAAAAAGUUGGAAUACCUGGAACAAAAAGCGAGAAAACUUGAAGACGAUGAACAUCUAUUGUUUCUGAAAAGUCUUUUGCCUCAUAUUCGUAAAAUUCCACAAGAGCGGUUGCUUUCGUUUAGAAAUGAUAUUCAAAGAACAGUUGUCAUUUAUGCAUACCAGUCCCAGUUCCCGCGACUCUCACCUUCAACUCUCUCUAGCUGCUCUACGGAACCACAUGCAAUUCAGUCUACACGUCAGACACCAGAACCAUACACAACCCAAUCAGCAGCACAGCCAUUCCACUCAACACCAAUCCCACGCCAUACACCAGAAUUACAAGCAACUCAACCGGAAGCACAAUCAUUCUACUCACCGCCAAUCACACCUCACACACCAGAAUCAUACGCAACUCAAUCUGUAUCAAAAGCAUUCCAUGCGCCAAUAAGCACAUAUUUACAGUCUUUCGCUGAGGGCCUAUCAGAAUACCCUGAUAAUUAA